UAUCCCAAAAUGCUUAGUUCAAUAUGUCAACAACAGGAAAAGGAUCUUAGCUAACGGAUGAAUUUGUAUUUUAUAAAGAUCAACUGUAGUGUGUUGUUUAUAUUUUUGAAACGGGAAAGUCUGAAAAUAAAAUGUUAAACUUCAAUGAAACGUAGAGAAUUUGAGGACAACAUCAAAUUUUGGACAUGGGUUGAUAGUGUUGCAGAGAGAUGAAUGGACUUUCCCCUCAAAUUGAAGAGAUAGAGAGAGUAUUUCAAUCUGAUUGAUAGAGGAGGUAGCUUGUAAUGGCAGAGGCCAAGUCCUCCAAAGGUCCUCUGUUUGGAGCAGCGGACGAUCUCUCCCUUCCCUCACCUCCCUCCCCACUCGCAAAGCAGUCAUUUGAGUACAGACAUGUGCGGGAACGAAGCAACAGUGAAUCUGAUCUGGCUGCAGAAUCUCCGGGAUUGCUUUCUUAUCUUGCUGUGGAUAAGAAUAUCCUUAACCUCAGUAAAAUAUGUAGUGUCAAGGUCAGCUGGGACAUUAAGGAAGAGAUUGGUGCAGACGAUUGGAUAGGACUUUACCAAUCAGGAGAGACAGAUCCAUCAAAGUUCCUGGACAUGAAGAAUCGGGGAGGAAAUGGUGGACAGACAGGGGAUCUCCAGUGGGAUUUGUCUGACAUCAUGCACAAUUUUACCACAGAUGAAACCAAGAUUUGCUUCAAGUACUACUUGGGCAGUAACCAGGACCUUGUGGCCACCAGCCCAUCGGUUAAAGUUGUGAAACCAGCUACCCCCAAGGAGGUGACAGAGAAGAAUGGAGUCAGCCCUCGAGAUAAUAACAGGAAGAUCAAACUCAAGAUCACAGAUAUUGAAGCAGUGAACUUAAAGAAGGGAAUGUUUUUCAACCCUGACCCUUACGUAAAGAUGUCAGUACUUCCAGGAAGAAUGUGUCCCCAGAUGAGUCACCAUGUAAAAGAUGUACGCACCAGUGUGUGUAGUUCUACCACCAAUCCUGCAUGGAGGGGCCAGACUUUUUCCUUUGAGUCCAUCCCCACCGAUAUCCUGGAUUUUGAGAUCAAGGAUAAGUUUUCCAAGAGUCGUCCCUCCAUCAACAGAUUCUUGGGGAAGGCCACACUGGCUGUACAGAGAGUGAUCGACAAAGUGGAUCAAGAGCCAGCUGAAUUCAGCCUUGACCUAAAUAAGAGGACUCCUACAGACAGUGUGAGUGGGACGCUGAAGUUUGAGGCCGAUGUCAUAGACCUGGAGUGUAGAUCUGCAUUACAAGAUGGCCUGAAGAACGGCAAAGGAGAAUUACAAGGCAAAACGUAUCAAGAAAAUGGAAACCUUGAAAAUGCAGAAGCUGUCUCUGAGAAUGGUUCUGUGUCCAAGGAUGACUUGAUAGAUGACCAGGAGGAUUCUGGGAUAUCUUUGACACAGUUGUUAAGGGACCGUAUCAGUGGUGAUAUUGAAGACAAUGAUAUAAACGAGACUGAAAGUGAAAAUGUUCAGAAUGGAAGUGACGAUAAUCAUGUACCAACAAUACCAGACAUAGUGUGCAAUUCUUCUGAGGAGACAGAGGAUACUCAGGCUGAGGAAUUAAAUCAGGGAGGAACAUGUGAUAUUAGUUCAGGAUUGUCAUCUUCAGUGCCAUCUAGUGGAGAAACUUCGAGUGGGUCUGAUGUUUCCCCUCAGACUGUGAAUGCAAAUGGUGAAACUUUACCAGAAAUUUUCAAUUGUGCCAAAAACAAGGAAGAAGUAACACCAGAAGUCUUAGAUUGCUCUUUAGACAGUGAGGUAAAUUUAGUGAUGAAUGAUUUACCUUCUAAGCCACCUGUGCUCCCCCCGAGGACAUACAAGGCUCCCCCCUUGCCCCCUCGUUAUAGGUCUAGUGAUGCCCCACCCAUACCACCUAGAACACCUGAACGGGGGGAAAGACCUCUGUUCCCAGGUAGUGGAGUGGGUGCAGUCCAAAUUCCACCAGAAACUGGGUCAGAGUCACCGUCAGAAACCCCUACCCCCAGGCCCCCCAGUGCUGAUAGUUCAAGGUCAUGUAAUACUUUAGAACCUCCACCCUUGCCACCCCGCACCUAUAGUCCAAUAACUGUUUCUCAAACUAGUUCCCAGCAACAGGGGUUAGAAACUGAAAUAGAGGAAGGAGAGACAACUAGUUUCAACAGUACGGAAAACUUGGAAACAUCUGGAGAAGGUCCAGAAGUAGCAAAACCAGCCAACACAGAUGAGGCGGAAAUCUCAACUCCAUUAGGAGAUACAAAUGAUGAAGUGGACGCAGGGAGGAGAUCCCGUCCAAAGACUACAAGAUCUGAUUCUGAUUUGCAUAAUAAACCUAGAUGUGUUGUGACUAAAUUACCAGCCAGGCAAAUGUCACAGAAUAACUCUGUGUUUUCACAGGUAGCGAAAACACCAGGAAUUGAAAGUGCAGUAUCUCCCAACCGAUUCAGGAAUUCAAGUCCAGUCAGUCGCUCUGUGGAAUGCAGUCCACGCACAAGUCCAAGUCCUUCUAUGCAAACUUCAUACAGUGAUUCGGUUGCCGAACAAAGGAAAUAUGCAAGUAGACACAGUAUUGCGGUACCCACUGAAAGGAACUUUAGAAAUAAUGAGAUGUUUGUUAAUACCCCCUUGAGGGCCCCCCUCGACAGGUCUACCAGUUCGGUAUCAGACUCUGGUACCCCACCCCGCAUAAUUCCAAGAAAUGCUCGCAGUCGUGUGUUAUCUGAAGAAGAGAAACAACAAAACCGUGAACAAAUCGUUCAGCAGCUACAACUAUGGACCCAGAAGCAAAAAGAGAAAACAAAGCCAGAUUCUGAGGAAGAUUCAGGUGCUGUGUUAUCAACUGAUGUUGGUUGUGAAAAUCAGACAACCAGUGAUAAACCAGAUAAACCGUUACCCCUGGUUACAGGGAGUGCCACGCCUAGCAACUCACCCAGACCACAGUCUAGUAAACCCUCUAGUGCCAAAGCCGGGGCUAGCCCUAAACCAGAAUCAAAUUCAAGGUCAUCGGUUUGGCAACUCAGGCAGUCAACCAACAAAUCGGAACCAAAGCCACCAGCCACUCCAUCUACACCAAAAGAGGGCAGUCAGUCCCCAUUACCCAAGCUCCCUGCCAGAAAGAGGUACCACCGUGUGGACCCACCCCCAGGGGACCAGCCCCUCCCCCCAGGCUGGGAGGCCCGUAUUGACAGCCAUGGUAGAAUAUUUUACAUAGACCACACGAAUAGGACCACCACCUGGCAGAAACCACAGAAUGGUCAGAGAACCAUCCAGCGGCGCCCCACCAUCAGCUCUGAGCAGCGCCAGCAGCUGGACAGAAGGUAUCAGAGUAUUCGUCGAACAAUCAACCAGCCUCGAUCUGAACAAGAAACGUCAGCAGAGAGUACUUCUUCAGGCGGUAGUGAUAACAGCCCCCAGACAUCAGCUCAGUCCAGGGUGCCUCUGCCUGUCACCUCCCCCCCACCCCCACAACAGCCCCCCACUGCUGACCCCAGCGACAACAGAGUCCCAGCUGUCAAGUUCCUCAUGCGUUCAGAUUUCCUGCCUCUUCUCCAGGGCAAUGAUAGAGCAAUGGCAGAAUAUAACAGAAAUGGAACACUGAAACACAUGAUUACAAAAAUAAGACGAGAUUUUCACAAUUUUGAAAGGUAUCAACAUAAUCGAGAUCUGGUAUGUUUUCUGAAUCACUUUGCGGACAACUCAAAGGAACUGCCAGCUAACUGGGAGAUGAAAUUUGACAGAGGGGGCAAGAUGUUUUUCAUCGACCACAAUUUGAAACUUACGACCUUUAUUGACCCUCGACUGCCGACAGACAUCCCACCUAUCAACACAGACUUCUUGCACACCUCAUUAAUAUUUCGUAACCGUGGGCGACGAGAGGGCAGCGACAGCCCUGUCAGAACAAGCCAGGCACCUAUGCCUCCCCCAAGGACUCAGCCCCCAGAGGAGCCUUCUGUCGUACCCACAGCGUACAAUGACAAAGUUGUCGCCUUCUUGCGACAGCCCAACAUUGGAGAAAUUCUUCAGGAAAAAUACUCUUCCUACAACAACAGUACCCGGUUAAAAGAGAAGAUCCACAAGAUCCGGGGGGAGGGGACAGAUGCCCUGGACCGCCUCAGUAAUGACGUUGACCUCAUCAUCCUGCUCAGUCUGUUUGAAAAUGAGAUUAUGUCGUAUGUGCCUCAGAACCUUCUACAAGCGAACCCUUUGGGGGAUUCCCCCGGGGAAACUCCUCAAGGAUCUCCCAACAUUCAGAGGUCCAACGUGCGAGUACAUGCUCCUUACAAAAGAGAUUUCCAGGCGAAGUUACGCAGCUUUUACAGGAAGCUAGAAAGCAAGGGCUAUGGACAGGGACCCUCAAAACUCAAACUGAUGGUGAGAAGAGAUCAUGUUUUAGAGGAUGCCUUUAAUAAAGUCAUGGGAAUCACAAAGAAAGAAAUGCUUAAGAAAAGCAAGCUGUACAUCACUUUUGUGGGAGAGGAAGGGUUGGACUAUGGUGGUCCAUCUCGAGAGUUCUUCUUCCUGCUGUCCCGUGAACUGUUCAAUCCUUACUAUGGACUGUUUGAAUAUUCUGCCAAUGAUACUUACACAGUCCAGAUUAGUCCAAUGUCCACAAUUGUCGAGGAUGCACAUGAAUGGUUCCGCUUCGCUGGCCGAGUGUUAGGCCUGGCAGUGGUUCACCAGUACUUGCUGGAUGCUUUCUUUACUCGACCCUUCUACAAAGCCCUACUCAGACUGCCGUGGUCAUUGACGGACGUGGAGACACUGGACGCAGAGUUCCACCAGAGUCUGCUGUGGAUCAAGGAGAAUGACAUCUCAGAGGUCGACAUGGACCUGACCUUCUCUGUCAAUGAGGAGGUGUUUGGACAGGUAACAGAGAGAGAACUGAAGCCCAAUGGUAAGGUGAUCCCAGUCAAUGAGAGGAACAAAAAGGAGUACAUAGAGAGGAUGUCCAAAUGGAGGCUGGAGCGGGGCGUGACUGAGCAGACCGAGAGCCUCAUCAGGGGAUUCCACGAGGUGAUAGACAGUCGACUGAUCUCCAUGUUUGAUGCCCGUGAGCUGGAGUUAGUGAUAGCAGGGACUGUGGAGAUAGAUGUGAAGGACUGGAGGAAGAACACAGAGUAUAGAUCAGGGUACCACGACCAGCAUCAAGUGAUUCAGUGGUUCUGGCAGGCCAUAGAGAAGUUUGACAAUGAGAGGAGACUCAGGCUACUGCAGUUUGUGACGGGCACCUCCAGCAUCCCAUAUGAGGGAUUCGCAGCUUUGAGAGGAAGCAAUGGACCCCGUAAAUUUUGUAUUGAAAAAUGGGGCAAAAUUAGCAGCCUUCCAAGAGCACACACAUGCUUUAAUCGACUGGAUUUACCAGCUUACACUACAUCUGAAAUGCUGUUUGAAAAGUUGGUCACAGCAGUGGAAGAAACAAGCACAUUUGGGAUUGAAUAAUCAAGGUCAUAAAAUGUGUCAAUGUGUUCAUUAAUUCCUGAGGACACAGAUCACUUGAUGGGCCUCUUGACCCCUAACAACACAUCUUUGUGCGUUACCAAUGUUCUUCUUUAUUUUUAUCAUACAAUCUUUUAUCAUUGAUGGACUAAUCAGUGAAUAUGAAAUAUUUUGGUGUAAAGCACAGUCCUUCAGUGUAAUGGCUUUUUAGCUUAAUAUAAUUUCUACAGUUUUUGGAAACUGUCGCAAAGCAUCUUAAAGACCAUGAGUUUUGGCCUCUAGUCAGUUUUUGUAUGUGAUAUGCCAAGUUAAGAAACCUAAUGAAGAUAUACAGGUGUAUUUGUUUCAAUGUUAACCUAAAAUUUAGGUUAUUUAUGAAAUGAUGCAUGCAGUGUUAGCAUAAUUUUGACUUUGUUUGAUUAAAAUGUAUAAAAUAACAUAUAUCUAUAACUACACUGUUCCUCUCCAAAAGUAUGCAGGUACAGUGCAUUUAUGUAAAUGAUGCUUAAAUAGUAUGUUUAUCGGAAUAUAUUUGGAAAAGCAUAAAGGAUGAUUUCCAACUGUAAAUGACAAAGUAUUACACUUGUUGGCAACUAACUGUCCUGAGUUGGCAUUAAUUAACAUAAUCAAAUAUUUAAUUAAGUGGUAAUUAAUGGUUGUGAUGAUGAUGAUGUCAUUGUGCAUCAGAUCUGAGUAUUUAUUAAUCAAAGUGACUUCUGAUUUUUUUUUUGUACCAGGUAUAUCAAACUGCUGUUUAUUUUCAUCAAUUUCAUGGAUUUUCAUUAAUUUACAAAAUGCCCGUAAACACUGUGAUGAUGCGGGUGAAAGUAAUUCAUGUACCUGUUUCUUCAAUACCUAAUCCUUUCUUUCAUUUUGGUAAAAAAUAUUUGUAAAUAAAGCAAUACACUGAGUGCAAUUUACCGAUAAUGAAACCAAAGUUGCAUAGACAUCAAGAUCCUUGUGCUUUACUUUCCUUAUUUGUUUCAGAAUAAAAAACAGCGAUACAACACUUCAAUGCAAAAAGCUCAGUGUUGUAGGAUGACGAAAACCCAGAUGAUAGUUGCUAUAAGCAUAGGUAUAUGGUGUAAGAAAGCUUUAUCAUUAUUCCAGAUUCUUUUGUACAAGAAAAUAGUGCAUACGGUUUUAUAUGUUUUUAUUUUAUAAUUAGUUUUUACACAAUAAGAACACCUAACAAUAUUAAGCUUUUAAAUGGUUACUUGCUUUAAAUCAGCCAAAUAAACUAUGAAAAGAUGGUACAAAAUACUUUAAAUUCUUGUUUGUUGUUGUUUUUUUCUUUUUCUUCUCCUAAACUGAUUAACACAAUUUUUUGAACUUUUUUCUACAACAUGUAUUAUAUUUAAUGGGAACAAAACACUCUCCUACUUUUAAUACAAUAACAAACAAUUUUGUCUGAAUGUAAACAGGAAAAGAGUAAGAUAAGAAUGGGUAUUUGGCAUAUGCCUGUGCAUUUCAUUUUGUAGUUGAUUUUUGCUCUUCGUUGUACGCCUGUGUUGUGAUUUUUACCCGCAAUUCUGUGAAGUGAAUUGUGUAUUUAUACCUAUACAUGUGUUAUGCCAGUACAGAUUAUGUAUCCUUGAUUUUAUAUGUAUGUUUAUAUAUUACAGUUACACAAAACUUGCGGAAAAUGAACUAAAACUACACGUGUAAUCUGAACAUGUUGUUUACAGCAGUAGGAAAGCAUAAAAGACUACAUGAUGUGAAAAUGUUUACAGUUUUUGUUUGCAUGUAGAAACAAAUCUGUAUGUAGAUUAUGAACAAGUUAUCUUUUAGAACAAGUGUGCAUUAGUUUGAACCUCAGCUAGACAGUAGAUUAAUCUCUGAAUUCGUAACACAUGCUUGCAUCAUUCCAUUGUGUUCAUGUUUAAGUGUAUAUAUAUAUAGAGAGAGAUAUUAUCAAUGUUGAUAUUUAUUUUGUUAUUUCAGAUUUAGUCUUGGCUUUCUUUCUUUUGCACUGUGAGGUCCGUGUUAGCUGUUUCGGGAGACAAUUCUCACCAAUCUGCUCAGUCAUUUUUGUAGUGCAAGCAAUUUUCACUUUUUUUUGUUAUUCUUUUUUAUAUAAAACCCCCCGAUCUAUAAUAGUUUCCUACAAAAUUUCAUUCCGUAGGUUUUUUUGUUUUGUUUAUUGUUUGUUUUACUAGUGUAAGAAUGUUAAAGCAUGGGAAAAAGCAAAAUAACAUGUAUAAUUAGAUAUUGUCAUAGUGGAUGUCAUGGUAUGCCUAAUUUGAAGACAAUCAUGAACUGGAUUUUUUAAUAAAGGUUACCCCCUUAACUCCCUACUCCCAAUGAACAAGUUAGUCAGCAGGUAUUGCUUUCAUUACAAAAAUUUGAUUUGGAAAUUUUGUAAUAUAACUAUGAUAUUUUUUAUAAUUAGAGUUUGCCAUUGUAAUUCAAAUUGUCACUGCUUCAGGAUAAUGCCCUUUCUCUUUUUCUUUUGGAAGGAAUUGCACAAUCAGCUCAUUUCUUGUUCCAAGGGCAAUUUCAGUUUAUGGAUACAUAUAUAUAUAUACCUCAGUUUUCACCAUCACUAUUCCGUUUUGUCAUUCUCAGUAAACAAGAAGAUAUUCAAUUUCAUGGGCAGUAAACCACCAUUGCAGUGUACAUUGGAUGGUAUAUAAAUUGCUUUUGUCAUAAGUUUGAUUGACCGGCUUUUAAUGUUUUUUUAAAGCAUUUUCUGUCGUACAAAUAACUACACUGAACAUAAAUAUACAGAGUUUCAAUUGUAGAAAUGUAAAGAGAACUUUCAUCUGCUGUUGGUUUUUACUUCUGUUACAGUGGUAUGGCAUCUUUUGUCGUUUUUUUAAAGUUAUAAAUAUUUGUAUCUUCAAUGGUCAGAAUUAUUUAUGUGCAUCAUAACAAACAUGUUGUUUAUGUUUUAUAAAUAUUAAUGAAAAA